GUUUAUUUCUAGAUAUGGGUAGCCUACUUUGCAUAUUACCAUGUCUUUUCUUUGUAGUUGCUGCUGAUCCAUACGAUGAUCCUAAUACUUUACCUAACAAGCAAGUGAUAGUGCAACUGUUCGAAUGGAAAUGGAAAGACAUAGCUGCGGAGUGUGAGAACUUCUUAAGAUACUACGGCUACGGCGCCGUCCAGACUUCACCACCUAAUGAGCAUAUCACCUUGACUCAAAAUAAUGAUAUGCCGUGGUGGAUUAGAUAUCAGCCUGUUAGCUACAAACUCCAGUCACGUAGCGGAACCGAGGAAGAGUUUGUGGAUAUGGUCAAUAGAUGUAACAAUGUCGGUGUGAGAAUUAUCGCUGAUGCCGUCAUAAACCACAUGACAGGAGCAGAUCAGAAAAAGGGAGUAAGUGGUCGAGACAGCAGCGCUGGCUCAGAUUUUGACGCAACACAAGGGAGCUUUCCUGGAGUUCCAUACUCGUCGUCAGAUUUCCACGAUUGUGCUAACGACAUAACAUCUGAAGACCUCAAAAGCAAUGCCCAAAACGUAAGAAUUGUUCAAGGACCAGUAGGACCAUGA